AGAAUUACUAGUGGUAGGAAUAUAUUAGCUAGGCCCAGCGUCAUUAAUGUAUGGAUCUGGCUAGGCCUAGCUGACAACCUCGGAUACAUUCACAGUAAAAAAAAAUGGCUCACCCUUCAGGCAUACCAAGAAGACCAUGUCAGUCAAUAAGUUGCCAAGAGACUGAUCAUCAUCAUGGGCAAGAGUUGUAAAGUGGUGGUGUGUGGUCUGGCUGCCGUUGGCAAGACUGCUGUCCUGGAGCAACUGCUGUAUGCCAAUCAUAUUGCGGGCUCAGAGCCCAUGGAGACCCUGGAGGAUAUCUAUAUUGGCUCCAUAGAAACAGACCGUGGCACUCGAGAGCAAGUGCGCUUCUACGACACCCGGGGUCUUCGUGAUGGUCUGGAGUUCCCUCGCCACUACUUCUUCUUUGCGGACGGUUUUGUUCUGGUCUACAGCAUCGACAGUAAGGAGUCCUUCAAACGCAUGGAGGCCCUCAAGAAAGACAUUGACCGCUACCGUGAUAAGAAAGAGGUGAACAUAGUGGUGCUGGGCAACAAGCUAGACAUGCAGGAGCAGAGGAGAGUGGACUCUGAAGUGGCCCAGUACUGGGCCAAGACAGAAAAGGUGCGUCUGUGGGAGGUGUCUGUGGCUGACCGGAGGACCCUCAUCGAGCCUUUUGUCCACCUGGCCAGCAAGAUGACCCAGCCCCAGAGCAAAUCAUCCUUCCCCCUCAGCCGCAAUAAGAACAAGGGGAGUGGCUCUGUCGAUAGCUGAGGGAUUAGGGGGGAUGGAAGAGAGAGUGAGGAUUGAUGAAGAAUGUGAAAAAGUAGUAGGGGAAACGCAAUAGACUGAUUGUUAGCCUAUCACAAAUACAGACAAUUUUAUGUCUGCACAAAUGUACACCGACUGAAACAAAUGGUUUCAUGGAGAUUUUGACAGAUAUUUAAACUCAUAUUUGACCAUUUAGACUGAUCUUUGACGACAAGUAAAUGUUGACAUCAAAAGUAACGAAUGGAUAAUCAAGAGGGUUGUUUGUAUCAUGGAGGAUACAUAAGGGAUUAUAUUACUGUUAGUUAAUCAGGAGAUUUGUUACACUACUGGCAUGCCAUCUACUCAGAUGAAAUAUGGAAACUAUUUUAGCAUGGAUGAUCUGAAUUUUAUUUUAAGUUAGAGUACAUGAAACAAAUCCAUAUUUAUUUAUUUUUGAAUCACUUUUUUCCCCCAAUUUCGUAGUAUCCAAUUAUUAGUAGUUACUAUCUUGUCUCAUCGCUACAACUCCCGUACGGGCUCGGGAGAGACGAAGGUC